AUGCCGGCAGUUAGGAUCGCUCAAGAACCUAGUAAUUAUGUAUGCAGCACAUGCAAGCAGAGAAUGCAUUCCGCCUGGCGAUUGCUUCAACAUGUUCAACAUACCCACGGAGUCAAAAUCUACGUAGAGAGUUCUCCAGGACCUAAUAGCAGUAGUUGCAGCAGUCUAGGCAGUACAAAUUCAAGUAGUGGAAAAGCUCUUAGUGUGAACAACUCUGGGAAUAGCAGUACAUGUUCAUCUUCAUCAUCAACUGGUCAACAGCCUCUGAGAAUGCAUCCAUUACUACCACCUCCACCGCCACCAGAGCUUGCUGGUGUGGUUCCUUAUGGUCUUCUUCGAGGACCAGUAGUGGCACCUCAAUAUUCUCGUCCGUCAUUGCAGCACGAUAGGUUCAGAAUGGAACAAUUAGUUUCUGAACAAUUCAGACAACACGGUCUGAAUUUAGCCGCUGCAUUAGCCGCUAAUUCGCAAGGCCAGCCCUCGCCCUUUCCAGUCGCGGCAGAGCGGUCACAGUACCGCGAUCGAUCAGCUCUGCCGGUCUCUGCUAACGCACCAAGUCAACAAUCCUCUGUCGUCGGCCUUCCAAUGGCCUCAGUAGGCGGAGUGCACCCAAACGAGCAGCUGGAUUUUUACUCGCAGCGAUUGCGACAGCUCGCGGGUACCACUAGUCCCGCGGCUGUUACGGCGGACUCGAGGCUCGCGAAUCCGCGAAAGCAUUCGCCGCCCUUUGCGAGCCCAUCGCCAUUGAAUUCUGCUGUUAAUAGUAAUAACAAUAACGAUAGUUGCAGUGUUAAUAACAAUAAUAAUGAAGAGCGAUGCACAAGCCGUGUUUACUCCCGACAUAAAGAACCACCCCCUGAACCUGCCGAACCUAUUACCACGACACCAUGCUCAGCUCCUGAUUCUGUAAAGUGCACAGUUUGUGAUCAUUCCUGCUCCCAAAGUACUGUUCGUAGACAUAUGCGGACGCAUAGACAACAAAUGCAAGAUCAGAGGAAAGAACAAGUAACGCGGUACGGGAGCGUUGAAACCUUAGAUGAAGAUGAAACGGAAGAUGAGGAGGAAGAAGAACAAGAGAAGAAGAUGAUGAUAAAAGCACAAGACUUAUCAGUUACAAAUUCCUUCUUCUCAACAGCACCAAUUGCCACACAACCUCUUCCUUAACUACACUACACACCACCCUCCGUAGCUACAACGACAGCUGCUUCUCUUGUUGGAGAAUUAAUGGACAAAUUUGGUUUGGCUAACAUUGCGCAAUACAAUGAAGCAUACAAACAAGCCUUGCAAGAGUCCAGUGGUAAAAUGAUGAACGGUCUACGAGUACGAGAUGAUUUUAAACCAUUGUUACCACACCAUCACCUGCACCUCAGUUACCUUUAUUCAACCCAAUGCUACAUCCACCAUCUUCUACUGAUGGAAGUUGGUGGCUGCCUGGAUUGGGGCCGGUGA